AUGGCGAGGCGGCUCUUCCCGGGGGCCUGGCUCAGGAAACGCUACUACGCUCAGGUUCGCUUCUCAUAUAUGCGAAUGAAGUAUCUCUUCAUCUCUUGGCUAGUAGUAUUUAUUGGCAGCUGGAUUAUAUAUGUUCAGUACUCCACUUACACAGAGCUAUGCAGAGGUCAUGAUUGUAAGAAAAUAAUAUGUGAUAAAUAUAAGACUGGAGUUAUUGAUGGAUCAGCAUGUAGUAGUCUUUGCGCUAAAGAAACUCUGUAUUUUGGAAAAUGUUUGUCAACAAAACCCAAUAACCAGAUGUAUUUAGGAAUCUGGGGUAAUCUACAAGGUGUCAUAAAAUGCCAGAUGGAAGAAACUAUUCAUCUUGAUCUUGGAACUGAACUUGAACCAAGAAAAGAAAUAGUUCUGUUUGAUAAACCAACUAGAGGAACUACUGUUCAGAAAUUCAAAGAAAUGGUAUAUGGUCUUUGUAAACGAAAGUUGGGUGAACAGGGAAAUCUUUCUGAACUGGUUAAUCUCAUCCUGUCAGUUGCUGAUGGAAACAAAGAUGGUCGAGUUUCCUUACCAGAAGCAAAGUCAGCAUGGGCUCUUCUGCAACUAAAUGAGUUUCUGCUUAUGGUGAUCCUCCAGGAUAAAGAACACACUCCAAAAUUGAUGGGGUUUUGUGGAGAUCUCUAUGUGAUGGAAAGAGUUGCAUAUACCUCUCUCUAUGGAAUAAGCCUUCCAUGGAUCUUAGAACUUUUCAUUCCCUCUAGUUUCAGAAGAAGCAUGGACCAGUGGUUUACUCCAUCAUGGCCUAGAAAGGCAAAAAUAGCUAUAGGGCUUUUAGAAUUUGUGGAAGACAUUUUCCAUGGACCUUAUGGGAAUUUUCUUAUGUGUGAUACCAGUGCCAAAAACUUGGGUUAUAAUGAUAAAUAUGACUUGAAAAUGGUGGACAUGAGAAAAAUUGUGCCAGAAAUUAAUUUGAAGGAAUUACUUAAAGAUCGUCACUGUGAGUCUGACUUGGACUGUGUUUAUGGUACAGACUGUAGAACUCUAUGCGACCAAAGUAAAAUGAAAUGUACCACAGAAAUAAUUCAGCCCAACUUGGCAAAAGUAUGCCAGUUACUAAAAGACUAUCUGCUUCGCGGUGCUCCGUCAGAAAUACGCGAAGAGUUAGAGAAACAACUGUAUUCUUGUAUUGCCCUUAAAGUCACAGCAAACCAGAUGGAAAUGGAGCAUUCUUUAAUACUAAACAACUUAAAAACUUUAUUGUGGAAGAAAAUAUCCCAUACAAAUGAUUCUUAG